AUGAACUUGCUCAAGAUAUUGGACACGACGCCCGAGCCUCCGAUUAUUGAGUUGGACCUCAGCGAGGCAAACUAUAGUGGGGAUUACCAUCUAGGCACACCCAUGUAUGAGUAUCAGAAGGAGCUAACAGACCAAAUUAUAUCUUUGCACUAUUCGGAUAUUUUGAAGUACUGUGAGACGAAUGACCAGCGGGACUUGAUCAUCAAGUCGAUUGAGACGUGUAUUGAAAACUGCAUGCUUGUUGACACCCACCCGUAUUUGCUCAUAAGUCACUACAUGCCCAAGAACCCCGCAGUGAAGGACAUGCCGAGCAAGAUCGCCGAGACCAGCGGCAAGUUCAAAGUGCUUCGGGACUUGUUGAAUACGAUAAUUGCGAGCCAGAGCCAGACGGUCAAGUCGAUAGGGCUAGUGCUGUCGAACAAUGUUAAGCUAUUUGACUUGCUCGAGUCGUUGCUCAUGCUCUGUGAGGGAAACAAGAGUGUCAAGAGGUAUGUGGGCAACAACAUCCAACGCGAGUCAAAGAAGGCGGGCAAGAAUAGCAACGGGAAUGCCUCCACGCCGAAUAGUCUGAAGUCCAAGUCGGCGCUUGGGAAUAAAAUUGUCACCAAUAUCCAUCUCAUCCCAGCAGAUGGCGAGAUUCAGCGAGAUGCAGAUAUUUUGGAGCUGACGAAAUUUGACCUUUUGAUUGUCGUUGACGGACACGUUGAUACCAAGUCUACUUUUUACGAAAACCUCAAACUUCAAAACCACGACGAGAACGAUAAGCCUACAGUUACCAUCCGGCUCAUCCCACUCAAGACGGUGGAACACAUCACUUUGCGCUUUGAAAACGAAAAACACAAACCAAACUACUUGUACAAGAUCAUUUCGUCGGUGGUUUGUCUCCGCGACCACAUUGGCAACAUCCCACCCGACGUUUUCCCCAUAUACAACCAGAAACUCAAAUAUUUGGCUCCCAAUUUCUUCAACAUCUUGUUCAACUCAUACGAUUUCCCCGCGUGGCCCUUGCCGCCAUUGCCCACGAUUCAAAACUAUACGCCCAUCGACGUUGAGCGAUCGUUGUUGACCGAGGCGCAUUUCCAUUAUACUCCCUAUGGCAUGAAUUUUAGCAAGGAAGAGCAGCAGCAGCAGCCGAUUCCAACUUAUUAUGAGCUCAAGCGGUUGCAGCUGGAUUAUAUUGCUAACCCAUUGAAGAAUGGGUAUAGUGAGUUGAUCGGGAUCAGUGGACACACAGACGAUGAUGAUGAUGACAAAAAUAACAACAAUAAGAAUUACCUUAAUAUUAGUAGCAGCAGCGGCAACGGGGUGCUAACGCACAAGGUUGUGCUACAGUUGAACAGGGCCUAUUUGAAUCUAUACCGGGUCCGAAAAGAGUUGGACUCUUUUGAAAAAUUCAACUCGCCAGAGGUCCAGCUGAAGGUAGGUAGAAGGGAAAAGGAGAUGCGGAAAACGGUGUCCACGCUAUUUGACGAUAUAGACCACGCUCAACAACGAAUAGAUAGUGGGAAAAAAUUGAUCAGCAAAAAACUCAAGCGCAUCGAGCUGUUGAAGGAGGAGGUCAAACAAAAGGAACACCAGCUAAAAACUUUUGAACAAACCGUCGAGGGCGAGGACCGCAAGCUUUUUGUGCGAAACCAGUUGGAGAUUUGGGAUCUUCAAACUCAGAUCAAGUCGCUCAUUGCCAAAACGCAAACUAAAGAUGAUGAAAAAAACUACACCUUGCGCGAAUACCAAAACUCGCUCCGUUCAAUUGAAGAAUCCAGGAAAGAGCAAAACGAAGUGGAGACUGAAAUUGGGAAUCUUCAGUUGAAACAGGACGAGAUUGAAAACGACCAACGGGAAAAGUCUCAAGUUUUCCAAAGGAGGAAGCGAGAGCUAAUGGAUUCGAUCAAGGACAUUCAAGUUUCGAACACGGCCAUGGAACGGAAACUUCACCACGCUUUCAAGUUCCUCAAGGACACAUCGCAUUUGAAAAAGAGGAAAAUUAGAACAGUGACUCCAAACAAGUGA